AUGGCCACUCGAAGUGCUCGCACAGCAGACAAGACCACAACCGACAAACACGCGCGCAUCCUGAAGGCGCUGCUUCAGAAGCCCUGUAAUAAGUUUUGUGUCGACUGCCGCAAAAAAGAUCCUCGAUGGGCUAGUUUUAAUUUGGGGUGCUUCAUGUGCAUCCGAUGCUCAGGUGUACACCGCUCAAUGGGAACACAUAUCAGUAAAGUAAAAUCAGUGGAUCUGGACAACUGGACAGCAGAACAGGUGGAGAACAUGAUCAAGUGGGGCAACGAAAAGGCGAACAUGUACUGGGAAGCGCGAUUGCCCGAGAGCAGCAUUCCUAAUGAAAAGUAA